GAGAGCCGCCGCAGUGCCACUAGGAGGCGUCGCGGUGAGAUGACGCCAUGAAGCUGUGCCGGGGCCAGCUUCUCGGCCCGGCCUGUGGCUGGGGAGGGCGAGCUUCCUGCAAUGCAGCGUUGACCUCCAGCCCCGAGCCUGCCUUCCCCUCCAUCACACCUCCCACCAUGGCAGCCCGUUUGGUGCGACGCUGCUCCUGCUGGAGGCACCUGGGGGCCUUCAUCUCUCCACCCUCAGUCCCAGCCCCACUGCUGGUACCAGUUGGGAGGAUGGUGACAACAAGAGCUCUGCCUUUCAGUUCCUUUCAUACGUCAAGCCUUCUGAGCUGGGCUGAUGGGUUCUCAGUCAAGGAGCAGGUGGAGGAGAGCAGAAGUGCAGAGCACAAAGUGAUUGGGGAACUGAUAGAGACAGCCACAACCCCUCAGGACCUGCUCCAGCUGGCUGAGCAACACGUUCUCAAUAGCAACCAAGCUUCCCAAAUCAUUACUCAACUUUCCAGAUUGACUGUGGAAAAAAAACUGGAGACAGGGAGCAUUCUGCAAGAUGAACGUUUCCAGCAGCUCAUCAGCAUCGUGGAUUCCCAGGUCUCUCAUGUGUGGAAUAACAGCUUGGUGAACCUCCUGAAGAGCCUCUACUCCCUGGGGGUGGACAGCAACAGGAGGGAGGUGCAGUCAGUGGAGCAGGAGGUGCUGUGGCGGCUGCGGCGCCUCUCCUUCCGCCAGCUCGCCUCCCUGGCUGAGUUCUUGGCACUCAGGCAGGGCAAGGAGAGCAGAUUGCUCAGUGAAGUCAUCAAGAAGCUGGAGCUACGUUGGACAGAGUUUGAGGGCACCCGAAGUGUGGUGUCACUGAUGAGCAAGGUUGGCCACAUAUCCCCUGCUCUGAUGGACCGUCUGGAGGACAAGGCUUUGGAGCUUGCUGAGCAGUUUGAGCCUGAAGACAUCAGGAAGGUGAUGCUGGCUCUCGCCUAUCAGAAGCGGCGCUGCGUGCCUCUGCUCCGGGCUCUGUCCUACCACCUCACCCAGAAGCACUCAGAGCUUGGCCUCAGCAUCCUGCUGGAUCUGAUUUUUGCCUAUGGAAAGCUGAAUUUCCACCAGCCCCAGGUCUUCCAGAAGAUUGCCACCGACCUGCACCCCCAGGUGGCCACCAUGACGCCCGUGGAGGUGACACGCUGCGUCAGGUCCUUUGCCUUCCUCAAGUGGCUCAGCCUGCCCCUCUUUGAGGCUGUUGCACAGUACACCCUGGACAACACCAAGCAGCUGUCAGUCAGCCACCUCUGUGGCCUCAUCCUGUCUUUUGCUCGACUCAACUUCCAGCCCAGCACCAGCGAGGACUUCUUCAGCAUGGUCCAUGAGGAGCUCAAGGAUGAGCUGGAUAACCUGGAACCUCACCUUCUGACUGACCUGGUGUGGUCACUCUGUGUGCUGCAGCAGGCCAAGGCUCCCUACCUACGGCGAGUGCUGGCCCCUGAGUUCCUUGCUCAGAUCCGAGGAGAUGAGUCCCCCAAGGCCCACACCCUACUGCUGAAGCUCAUCCACAUCAAUGCCACUGCCAGGCUGGAGAGCCCUGAGUACCAGGGGCCGUUCCUGCCAGCGGAGAUGCUGAGUGCCGCCGAGGAGGGCGAGGAGAGGAGCAGCCUGCUGCAGAGCAGCCUGCGGGAGGCGCUGGCAGGGGUGCUGGGCAGCCCGGACCAGGGCCGCUUCAACAGCCGCACCAUCUACGGCUGGCACAUCGAUGCUGAGAUGGUGGUGAACAGUGAGAACAAACCUCUGCCUGUGAAGAACUUUGCUGCUCCACAUCUGCUCCACUCAGAGGGCAAAAAGCCGCUGCCACCAGGUGCCAGGAGGGUCGCCUUCCUGCGGUGGGAGUUCCCCAACUUCAGCAACAGGAGCAAGGAGCUGCUGGGUCGCUACGCCAUGGCACGGCGCCACCUGCAGGCCGCCGGCUUCCUGCUGGUGGAUGUUCCUCACUAUGAGUUCCUGGAGCUGAAGCUGGAGCGGCAGCGCACAGCCUACCUCAAAGACAAGCUGAGCAAGGCGGUGGCCAAGGAGCUGGCGAGCUAACCCCCCUGCUGGGCAAGUCCAGCACAGCCCUCUCAGAACCUUCUGCCAAUAAACCCACCACUGUACAGCCA